AUGCCCCGGCACGCCCCGCCUCAGCGCGCCCCGGCUCGGCAGGCCUCGGCACACCCCGGCACGCCCCGCCUCAGCGCGCCCCGGCCUGGGUCAGCGCGCCCCGGCCCGGGUCAGCGCGCCCCGGCCCGGGUCAGCGCGCCCCGGCCCGGGUCAGCGCGCCCCGGCUCGGCACGCCCCUGCUCGGCUCCGCACGCCCCGGAACGGCUCGGCACGGCUCGGCACGCCCCCUGCACGGUUCGGCACGACUCGGCACGCCCCGGCACGCACGGCUCAGCACGCCCCGGCACGGGUCGGCACGGUUCGGUACGGCUCGGCACGCCCCGGCACGGCCUCGGCACACCCCGGCACGCCCUGGCUCGGCACGCCCCGGCACACCCCGGAACGCCCCGGCUCAGCGCGCCCCGGCCCGGCUCAGCGCCCCUGUUCGGCUCGGCACGCCCCUGCUCGGCUCAGCACGCCUCGGCACGCCCCUGCUCGUGCGCCCCGGCCUGGCUCGGAGCGCCCCGGCUCAGCGCGCCCCAGCACGCUCCAGCUCGGCACGCCCCGGCACCCCCCGCCUCAGCGCGCCCCGGCUCGGCAGGCCUAGGCACACCCCGGCACGCCCGGCUCGGCGCGCCCCUGCUCGGUUCGGCACGCCCCUGCUCGGCUCGGCACGUCCCUGCUCAGCUCGGCACGUCCCUGCUCAGCUCGGCACGCCCCUGCUCGGUUCGGCGAGCCCCUGCCCGGGUCAGCGCGCCCCUGCUCGGUUGGGCACGCCCCUGCUCGGCUCGCGCGCCCCGGCUCGGCACGUCCCUGCUCAGCUCGGCACGCCCCGGCCCAACUUGGCACGCCCCACCGCGGCUCAGUGCGCCCCGGCCUGGCUCGGAGCGCCCCGGCUCGGCGCGCCCCAGCACGCUCCAGCUCGGCAUGCCCCGGCACGCCCCGCCUCAGCGCGCCCCGGCUCGGCAGGCCUCGGCACACCCCGGCACGCCCCGCCUCAGCGCGCCCCGGCCCGGGUCAGCGCGCCCCGGCUCGGCACGCCCCUGCUCGGCUCCGCACGCCCCGGAACGGCUCGGCACGGCUCGGCACGCCCCUGCACGGUUCGGCACGACUCGGCACGCCCCGGCACGGCCUCGGCACACCCCGGCACGCCCUGGCUCGGCACGCCCCGGCACACCCCGGAACGCCCCGGCUCAGCGCGCCCCGGCCCGGCUCAGCGCCCCUGCUCGGCUCGGCACGCCCCUGCUCGGCUCAGCACGCCUCGGCACGCCCCUGCUCGCCCCGGCCCAACUUGGCACACCCCACCGCGGCUCAGUGCGCCCCGGCCUGGCUCGGAGCGCCCCGGCUCAGCGCGCCCCAGCACGCUCCAGCUCGGCACGCCCCGGCACCCCCCGCCUCAGCGCGCCCCGGCUCGGCAGGCCUCGGCACACCCCGGCACGCCCGGCUCGGCGCGCCCCUGCCCGGGUCAGCGCGCCCCGGCUCGGCACGUCCCUGCUCAGCUCGGCACGUCCCUGCUCAGCUCGGCACGCCCCUGCUCGGUUCGGCGAGCCCCUGCCCGGGUCAGCGCGCCCCUGCUCGGUUGGGCACGCCCCUGCUCGGCUCGGCACGCCUCGGCUCGCCCCUGCUCGUGCGCCCCGGCCUGGCUCGGAGCGCCCCGGCUCAGCGCGCCCCAGCACGCUCCAGCUCGGCAUGCCCCGGCACGCCUCGCCUCAGCGCGCCCCGGCUCGGCAGGCCUCGGCACACCCCGGCACGCCCCGCCUCAGCGCGCCCCUGCCCGGUGCGCCCCGGCCUGGCUCGGAGCGCCCCGGCUCGGCGCGCCCCAGCACGCUCCAGCUCAGCAUGCCCCGGCACGCCCCGCCUCAGCGCGCCCCGGCUCGGCAGGCCUCGGCACACCCCGGCACGCCCCGCCUCAGCCCGCCCCUGCCCGGUGCGCCCCGGCCUGGCUCGGAGCGCCCCGGCUCGGCGCGCCCCAGCACGCUCCAGCUCGGCACGCCCCGGCACCCCCCCCCCUCAGCGCGCCCCGGCUCGGCAGGCCUAGGCACACCCCGGCACGCCCCGGCUCGGCGCGCCCCUGCCCGGGUCAGCGCGCCCCGGCUCGGCACGUCCCUGCUCAGCUCGGCACGCCCCGGCCCAACUUGGCACGCCCCACCGCGGCUCAGUGCGCCCCGGCCUGGCUCGGAGCGCCCCGGCUCGGCGCGCCCCAGCACGCUCCAGCUCGGCAUGCCCCGGCACGCCCCGCCUCAGCGCGCCCCGGCUCGGCAGGCCUCGGCACACCCCGGCACGCCCCGCCUCAGCGCGCCCCGGCCCGGGUCAGCGCGCCCCGGCUCGGCACGCCCCUGCUCGGCACGGCACGCCCCGGAACGGCUCGGCUCGGCUCGGCACGCCCCUGCACGGUUCGGCACGACUCGGCACGCCCCGGCACGUGCGCCCCGGCCUGGCUCGGAGCGCCCCGGCUCGGCGCGCCCCAGCACGCUCCAGCUCGGCAUGCCCCGGCACGCCCCGCCUCAGCGCGCCCCGGCCCUGCUCGGCUCGCACGGCUCGGCACGGUUCGGCACGCCCCGGCACGGUUCGGCACGGUUCAGUACGGCUCGGCACGCCCCGGCACGGCCUCGGCACACCCCGGCACGCCCUGGCUCGGCACGCCCCGGCACACCCCGGAACGCCCCGGCUCAGCGCGCCCCGGCCCGGCUCAGCGCCCCUGCUCGGCUCGGCACGCCCCUGCUCGGCUCAGCACGCCUCGGCACGCCCCUGCUCGCCCCGGCCCAACUUGGCACACCCCACCGCGGCUCAGUGCGCCCCGGCCUGGCUCGGAGCGCCCCGGCUCAGCGCGCCCCAGCACGCUCCAGCUCGGCACGCCCCGGCACCCCCCGCCUCAGCGCGCCCCGGCUCGGCAGGCCUAGGCACACCCCGGCACGCCCGGCUCGGCGCGCCCCUGCCCGGGUCAGCGCGCCCCGGCUCGGCACGUCCCUGCUCAGCUCGGCACGUCCCUGCUCAGCUCGGCACGCCCCUGCUCGGUUCGGCGAGCCCCUGCCCGGUGCGCCCCGGCCUGGCUCGGAGCGCCCCGGCUCAGCGCGCCCCAGCACGCUCCAGCUCGGCAUGCCCCGGCACGCCUCGCCUCAGCGCGCCCCGGCUCGGCAGGCCUCGGCACACCCCGGCACGCCCCGCCUCAGCGCGCCCCUGCCCGGGUCAGCGCGCCCUGGCCCGGCCCCGGCCCAACUUGGCACACCCCACCGCGGCUCAGUGCGCCCCGGCCUGGCUCGGAGCGCCCCGGCUCAGCGCGCCCCAGCACGCUCCAGCUCGGCACGCCCCGGCACCCCCCGCCUCAGCGCGCCCCGGCUCGGCAGGCCUAGGCACACCCCGGCACGCCCGGCUCGGCGCGCCCCUGCCCGGGUCAGCGCGCCCCGGCUCGGCACGUCCCUGCUCAGCUCGGCACGUCCCUGCUCAGCUCGGCACGCCCCUGCUCGGUUCGGCGAGCCCCUGCCCGGUGCGCCCCGGCCUGGCUCGGAGCGCCCCGGCUCGGCGCGCCCCAGCACGCUCCAUCUCGGCACGCCCCGGCACGCCCCGCUUCAGCGCGCCCCGGCCCGGGUCAGCGCGCCCCGGCUCGUGCGCCCCGGCCUGGCUCGGAGCGCCCCGGCUCGGCGCGCCCCAGCACGCACCAUCUCGGCACGCCCCGGCACGCCCCGCGUCAGCGCGCCCCGGCCCGGUGCGCCCCGGCCUGGCUCGGAGCGCCCCGGCUCGGCGCGCCCCAGCACGCUCCAUCUCGGCACGCCCCGGCACGCCCCGCUUCAGCGCGCCCCGGCCCGGUGCGCCCCGGCCUGGCUCGGAGCGCCCCGGCUCAGCGCGCCCCAGCACGCUCCAGCUCGGCAUGCCCCGGCACGCCUCGCCUCAGCGCGCCCCAGCUCGGCAGGCCUCGGCACACCCCGGCACGCCCCGCCUCAGCGCGCCCCUGCCCGGGUCAGCGCGCCCUGGCCCGGUGCGCCCCGGCCUGGCUCGGAGCGCCCCGGCUCGGCGCGCCCCAGCACGCUCCAUCUCGGCACACCCCGGCACGCCCCGCUUCAGCGCGCCCCGGCUCGUGCGCCCCGGCCUGGCUCGGAGCGCCCCGGCUCGGCGCGCCCCAGCACGCUCCAGCUCGGCAUGCCCCGGCACGCCCCGCCUCAGCGCGCCCCGGCUCGGCAGGCCUCGGCACACCCCGGCACGCCCCGCCUCAGCGCGCCCCGGCCCGGGUGA